AGCAGAGAGCGGCGGGUCGUGGCGAGCAGCGGAAAACAAGUGAUUGCUUUGCUUUCCUCAUUUUUGGAAGCCCUGCCUACCACACAGCUGCAGUGGACAUCCCGGUUCCUUGAUGGACGAAGAAGGCCAACCGAUCCAGCCUCAAGACGAGAGCUGCUGGGCCACCCUUCCCGAUGUGUGCCUACAUCGUAUUUUCUGGUGGCUGGGAGACAAAGACAGGUCCAGAGCGGCCCUUGUCUGCAGAAAGUGGAACCAGAUGAUGUAUUCGGCUGACCUCUGGCGAUACAGGACCAUCACGUUUACUGGGAGACCUUCCAGGGUACACGCGUCCGAAUUUGUGUCGGCUCUUUGGUAUGUUAAGAAAUUCGGUCGUUAUCUGGAGCACCUGGAGAUCAAAUUGCUGCAUCCUUACAACACUGUCCUGACCAAGAAGUUCCAGGUCACCAUGCAAAGCCUUCUCUCGUGUCUGGGCAAGAGAAACAACCGUCUGAAAUCUCUGUCCAUGCAGCACCUGGAACUGGACCGCCUGGUCUGGAGGAACAGCAUCAGGAACUUGCUCAUGAAAAGCUUGAGCUCAUUCUUGAAGAAAAUGGGCAAACACCUGGAUUAUUUCAGCCUAAAAGGGGCUAGGCUCACCGUGGGGCAAGGCUGCCACAUCCUCAACUCCCUGAGCUACUCAAGGAAAGAGAGUGUGGUGUCAGAGCUCAACCUCGAGGACUUCUUCAGCCACCACCUCGCUGUCUACAGCAGCCCCCAGUUCAACAAGACCAUGGCCACGUUCCACAGCCUGGAGUCCCUGAGCCUCAACUACAACUGCAUCUCCGACGAGCUGCUGGAGAACUUGUGUGAGAACAAUGCCGGCACCCUCUGGACCAUGAACAUCAAGUGCCACAGUCAUGACCCCCACGAGCAGGUCAUCUGGGGCAUGUCCUGGGCCAAGCUGGCGAGGUACGCCACCAACCUGAGAGUCAACUUCUUCUUUGAGCAAGUCAUGGAGUAUGAGCGCUUGGCCCGGAUCCUCCUGCAGGAGAUCCCCAUCAGGAGCAUCAGUCUGAGAAACUGCUCUUUCAGCGACCCCGACUGGUCCAUGAGGCCCACUCUGACGGAUCUCCUGCCCACCUUCCGGCACACUCUGCAGAAACUAACUUUUGAGUUCAACAACAAAAAUGAGUCUCUGGACAAGGAGCUGCACCGCCUCAUCUUAUCCUGCAGGAAGUUGUUUUACUUCAAAAUCUGGGCUUUCCUUGAUGUUAAGUUUGUGGAGCAGAUCCUGCAGAGUCAGGAAGAAGGGCGGUGUGCCCUGCGCACACUCAAGGUGAGAAUUUACACAAACAGAUAUGAGACGAAUGAAGAGGACAGGACACUGUGGGAAAUUUACAGGAAGUACAGACAGCUGAUCGAUUCAGAGCUUAACUAUGUUGUCAUCGCUUACUCCAUGAGGUAACGAGCGCUCUCCAGAGGAAGAAAGCCAAGAGCACUUUGAAUUUUGACAAUCCGAGCCUCACAGAAUGACACUUGGGGCAUCCCUUACCCCCACCCCUUUUUCUCCUCUCUCUCCUCUUUACUAGUUUCACACCAACAUGACACCCCAGCAACGGCUGGGACUUCUAUGUGAAGACCCCAGGUGACUUUAAAGUGCUAUCUUUACCAACUAUUCGGGGGUGAUUUCUUUUUUUGUCAUUUGGUUUUGCUUUUUGACCCUCACUCAGCCACAGAGCUGAAAGCCCAAAGCCGCUUGGAGCAGUGUCUUACUCGGGGACCCUGACUAAUCUCCCUCUGGAAAAGGUGUAAGUAGCCAGAGAGCAAAUAGAGCAGCUGCAUUUUCCACUGACUGUCAGUGUCAAUUCAGAAACACUUUCUAUCCUGGCUGACCUUCACAUCAGAGCCUCCUGCCACUGACGCUGGCCAGGCCUGAUCUCAGAUGAAUGAAAUUCACCAGCACAUCCUAGAGUGAAGCAGGGAAAUUCCCUCGUUUAGAAGGAGCCUGCUCAGAGCCGGAACUCCCUCCCACAGGAGAUCAGCCCCUAAUUUAUCAGUGUUGUGGACUCGGGUCUCCCGCAUCUGCUUUUCUGGUGUCUCCUUUAUUCCCCAUCCAGGCAGCAUGGCGCCCAGCCUGCUACAAACGUUCAGUUCUCAUGUGGGGCUGAACCAGAAGUGGCCUUUACACUCAUAUUCACGAAGAAUCUGUAAUGUCCUGGAGAACUAUUCCUAAUGCAAUGUUAAGUGAAACAGUAGCCCUCGAGGAGGAACUAAAAGUCCUUGACUUUCCUUAAUGGUUAAACUAUGAUUAUUUUGUCUUCUUUGACUGUUUGCAUUUCUUUCUGCAUUUUCUUGCUUCUCUGAUUAAAUUUAUUCUUUGGCUAAAGUUUUUCUACAGACAAGAGGUGGCAGAGGGUAAGGGGUAUCUGUCCCAGGAAGGCCCCAUAGGGUCCUGCUUGGUUAUAAUCUAAGGAGAGCUCCCAGGUCUUAGUUGCUGAAACCAGAAGGGCCCUUGGGAGCCAUCUAGUGCCUGUGGACCAGAAACGAGGCAGCUUGCUUUAGCGGAGAGGGAAGGCUCAGCUGGAGUGCAGACCACCUGGGAGACUGACUGAUUGAUUGAUUGGUAUAAUGACUUAUUCAUGCUGUGGACCAGUUCUGGUUAGUUUCCUUUCAUCCCCAAACACAGAAUCUAAGCAUAGAGGACUCUUUUAUGGAAAAUAUGUUAACAGAAGUAACAUUUUUAUGAACAUGUUUUCCAUAAAAGAGUGAAUUCGUUUUCCAGUUUUGCAAAUCU